CAGCCUGUCCGAACAAAACAUCUUUACAGCCUUGUAAAAGUGAAUUAAUUUAUUGUUUAAAAUUAUUGACACAUAAAGCCCCCCUAAGAAUAUUAAAUAUAACACUCAUAACUUUAUUGUUCGUAUCAACGCAAUAUAAUUACGGCAAUUGUCGGUUUCAAUUUAGAUAAAGAUUAUAUUGUGUUAGCAGAUAAAGGAUUUUAUUGUGAGUACGUUAUAGAAAAGUCGUGUGGAGAACAUUUCUUCUCAUAACGUUCUUAGUACGGUGCUGAGUGAAACGAACUGCUCUGACGCAAAAUGACGAUGGAUCUAUUGGACCCCAUGAUUCGCGAAGAAUGCGAAGUCUUCCACCUAUCAGAUAAAGCGCUUAGGGAGAUAAUGCACAGACUUCACAAUGACCUAGUUAAAGGCCUCGGCAAAGACACACAUGCCAAUGCUAUUGUAAAGUGCUGGAUCACUUACAUACAGGAUCUGCCGAAUGGAAAAGAACGCGGUAAAUUCUUGGCGUUAGAUUUAGGAGGAACAAAUUUUAGAGUUUUAAUUAUAAAUUUAGGAGAAAAUCACUUCGACAUGCAGUCGAAAAUUUAUGCUAUACCAAAUCAUAUAAUGACCGGCACUGGAGUUGCCCUCUUCGACCACAUCGCGGAGUGCUUAGCGAAUUUUAUGAAGGAACACGAUGUAUACGAAGAACGUCUAGCCCUCGGCUUUACGUUUAGUUUCCCUCUAAAACAGCUCGGUCUCACUAAAGGGAUAUUACAACGUUGGACGAAGGGCUUCUCUUGUAGCGGAGUCGUCGGCGAAGAUGUCGUCCAAGGCCUUAAGGAUGCUAUCGCGAGGAGAGGGGACGUUCAGAUCGAUAUAUGCGCUAUACUGAAUGACACAACGGGUACAUUGAUGUCUUGCGCGUGGAAAAACCACAACUGCAAAAUAGGACUCAUCGUGGGCACGGGCAGCAACGCGUGCUACGUUGAGAAGACGGAGAACUGCGAGCUGUUCGACGGGCCGGCCGGCAAGCCCGAGCUGCUCAUCAACACGGAGUGGGGCGCCUUCGGGGACGACGGCGCGCUCGACUUCAUCCGCACCGAGUUCGACCGCGAAGUGGACGAGAACUCCAUCAACCCCGGCAAGCAGAUCCAAGAGAAGAUGAUAUCAGGAAUGUACAUGGGUGAACUGGUCCGCUUGGCGCUAGUCAAAUUCACAAAGAUGGGGCUGCUGUUCGGUGGGCGCGGCUCCGACCUGCUGUUCCAGAAAGGAAGCUUUUACACAAAAUACGUGUCUGAAAUAGAGUCCGACAAACCCGGGGACUACAGCAGUUGUAUGGACGUCCUGGAAGAGCUUGGUCUGGCGCACGCGUCGGAGGCGGACAUGUGCGGCGUGCGCUGCGUGUGCGAGAGCGUGUCGCGGCGCGCGGCGCACCUGGUGGCGGCGGGGCUGGCCGCGCUGCUCAACAAGAUGGCCGAGCCGCGCGUCACCGUCGGCAUCGACGGCUCCGUCUACCGCUUCCACCCGCACUUCCACGCGCUCAUGUGCGACAAGAUCGCCGCGCUCGUGCAGCCCGGCCUGCAGUUCGACCUGAUGCUGUCGGAGGACGGCAGCGGGCGCGGCGCGGCGCUGGUGGCGGCCGUGGCGUGUCGCGAGCAGGCGCUGGCGUAGGCGGCGCCGGGCUGGCGGCGGCGGGCUGGCGGCGCCGGGCCGGCGGCGCCGGGCUGGCGCGGGUGUGUCGGCAGCACGCGCUUCGACGCCGACCUUUUAUAUUUUUGUAUAUCCGGUCCUACCCGCUCCGCCGUUCGUCGCCAACUAGCGUCUCGAAGUGAUAAGUUUUGUGUCUGCGUCGCAGGGUUAUUAUAGAAGGCGUGAUAUUAUAGCGUCACUGGGACGUAACUGCAUCGUAGCUUGCCAAUCGUCCCUAUUGCGGUUACAUUGUACACAUUGUGAUUAAUUUUAGUUCAAUUAUUAUCAGCUACAUUCGAUCAAUCAAAUCGUUUCGUUGUCAAAUCGAAUGUCAAAAUCGAAAAUUUCAUUAAAUGCGGACCAAUGAGUGACCGUUCACCAUCAAACGAUAAUGGUAAUAUAUUUUAAAGCCGUAUACAGAUGUCACAGCUUCUACAGUAACCGUGCGACAUGUGAUAAGGAAAGAGCGAUCCGGGGAGAUCGGAAAUCGGAACAGUAUAUUUAUAUUAGUUUAGAUGAAUUGUCGUUGCGUGCUGCGACGCUCGGCCGGCGGUUACAUGCGUGCUCGGUUUGAAAUUUGUCCGAUAUGAGCGGUGCGGUCUCAACACUGUGCAUGAGCCAGUGUUUAUUAUACAAACAAAUAGACCGCUUUCCAUCACUUUAAAAUUCAAUAAAACUGAGAUAGGCACUAAGAAGAAAGUUCAGUAUAUACAAGAUGCGUGUACUUAUAUUUAUACCGUACCUUAUUUUAGUCUAGUCAAUGUGAAUAAAGAGUAAUUGGCUUUUUAUUAUUCAUCUAAAAUAAAACAAAUCGUACUAAAUUAGAAGUCCCUUAAACUGUAAAAUAAAAUAUGAUUUUGUACUUGCUGUUUUACAAAGUUCUUAAGACUGACUUCACGUUUUACACUUUUAAAUUUGUUUAAUUUAAUCAAAUAACUAAUCUUAGUGUCAAUCCACGCAGUACGCAUUGUAUUUGAUCGCUGUAGUGUUUAUCAACAUAAUACUUUUAUGAAAGUUUUAACAGCAGUGAUUAUAUUAUUAUUAUUAAAACGGUAAUUUCUACACUUUACAAUAAAUAUUGGUCUUGUAAUAUAAGAAUCUACUUUUAUAUCAAAUUAUUGAAAAAAAAAAAUAUGAUAUAUUGUUAAACGUAUUAAAAUGAAUUUUAAUAUGAAUUAUUUAUAUUACUUUAAAUUAAAAAUUGUGUAUUGAUAGCAAAUGAUCAAAUAACUAAAGAAAUAUUUCGUUAUGUGUGCGGUAUGUACUUUGUUUAUGAUCGCGAUACGUCAUAAUAUGACCCGCAGAUACGUAUACUUAAAAUGUAGCAAUACUAAGAAUCUCAGUAGACAUGCUGGCCUUACGCUACGUUAGAAUCAUAAUAUCAAUCAUUCCAUUAAAAAUUGCAUCAAUACACACUGAUUAGUAUCAUUAAAAUUAUUAUUUAUAUUUUAUUAUUGUACAGAAUUGUAGUUUCAUAAUCGUUGUAAUUAAAUUAGACGUCAUUUAUUUGAAGUUCAACUCGAUCAUUAAAAUAAACGAAUAUUAACGAUUGGAGUGAACUCUUUAUGGGAUUUAUGUGAGUGUUUUAAUUAUUUUACUGUGAUAGAACUAGGACUCAUUGUAAGUGUUUUGUUUGGUUGGAAUUAUUCAGUAGCUGUAACAUAUGAUAUUAAGUUCAUAAGUACAUUAAAGAUUACGAGAUAUUCCGAAAUCAAACCAAGCCGGAUAACGAUUAUAAUUUAUACCAGUUUCUGUUCAUUGAUAUAUGUGAGAGGAUAAGGCGAGUGCUAAGUACGAUAUUAGGUCAUAGUAUGACAUCACACCACGCUAUAGUUCCUAGUUACAAAUAGGUGCAUUUUAUUUUUAGUUGUAUUUUUCAUUAAUUUUUGCAGUUUGUAACUACUUAAGAAUUCUGUAUAAUAUGUUGACAUUUAUAUACUUACAUUAUUUAUUUUCAAGCACAAAUAUAUGGACUAUAAUUUUUUGUAGAACUUCAUAUGUUUCUAAUUUUUAUGUUAAAUCUUUAGUAAAGUUUGCACCAUUUUAAUGUGUUGUAGGGAUUUGUGGCUUAAGUACAUUUAAAUACAGAAGAUACUUAACUAUUUCUAAAGAUAUUGUACGAUGUUAUUUUUAUAAUUUUAAGAAAAAAAAAACGUUUCGCGAUUGGAUUAUUGCUCUCAUUUUGCUCAAACUUUUGAAUUUUCUUUGUUAAAUCGAAAUUAUAAAAUGAAUUUUGUUCUGCAUAUAUUCGGCAAGUUGCUACAUUCCACAUAAUAUGUGAGACGAUAAUAACACAGCGUGUUUGUGUAUAGCAGAAGUUUACAUAUCGCCACCCCAACAUGUCCAUUAGUGCAUUAAUAAGAUAUUAAGGUUAACAAGCACUGGCUGCUUCAUGAAAACAAUUUAUAUAUAUAUAAUUAAUUAUAUGAUUUUAGUAUCCAAUAUGUUUGAAAAUAUUUUAUAAAUAUUUAGGUGACAUAAAUGGAGCAAACGAAUUCAGAAUGAACUGUUGUUUAAAAAAUUAGCUCCAAUUCUGUAAACGCUGUUAAUAAUGUUAUUGCAAGAAUAAAUUUUUAAAAACAGUA